AUGAGUCCACGCAAGAAGCCGAAAAUCGUCGACUACUUCGCAGGGUAUGGAGGAACAAACCGAAGAUUCGAUAAAGUGGAUGACGAAAGCUUCACUACCACGCCACGAUGGCCUUCACCCCGCCCAUGGAGAGGAACUAAGAGCGAGCUGCCAGAGGGCUCACGUACCACACCAGUCCCUCAGCAAGCCAUUACGCCAGCUCCGCCAGCUCCGUCAGUUGUCUCUCGACAGAUGACCACAUCAGCUCCCUCAGUCUGCUCUCACCAGGUGACUCCGCCAAUACCUCAUCGACGGGUGACUACGCCAGCUCCCCCAGUCCGUUCUCAUCAUGUCGCUACGCCAGCGCCCCAAGUCAGCCUUCGUCCUGUUCCUACGCCAGCUCCGUCAGUAAUCACUCCCCUAGUUCGUCCCCCACAAGUCACCUCGACUCAACCUUUUGCCGACAAAGAUAUAUUGAUGCGGAUGGCGCUAAAGGGGGUCAUGGCUUCAUCUUCGUCUUCAUCCAACCUUCUACAAGUCUUUGUACAAGUGGGCAAACAACGUAUCAAGGCUGUUCACAAAGGCCAGGCUGCACCAGUGUCUGACGUUCUUGGCUUUAUUAAUUCGCAACGACAGCCAGGGCAACCAGAUAUAUUACCAAGCAGCAUCGUCGACCUCAAUACUUUUGUACAUACAGUAAUGAACUACAAAAGAACCGGAGUCCCUCGAAACUGGAUACAGGAACACAGCGCGCGAAAACUGGCACUGCAACACAACGUGUUUCCAGCAAUUGACGCACUCUUCAAGUUCGCCGACCUCGAUACUCCGACAACCGACAACCGCUGCAGCGAGUGUAAGGUGGACGCUGUUAUUUCUACUGCCAACGGUCCGAACGACGUUCAACUCCACAUUACAAACUUUCACCCCAAACAAGGCCGGACUAUGUUGUGCUGUGAGAAGUGCCAGCUUAUCUUCUUGACUGAAGCAAAGGCUCUCACACAUUGGAGAGGGUGUGUGGAAAUCCAGUCGACAGUUGCAAAGGUUAGACCAAACAUCCCGCCAUUCACACUGCUGUCGGGCAAGGCCGACAACUCUCUUAUACCAGGGGCGAAGAGAAAGACUCGCUAUCCAUCAAGAGCCAAUACUACGACGGAUGUAAACAUUGUCUACAGACAUACAGGGAACAACAGCGCUGCAUACUUUGUCCGGGUGCGAAAUCGUCAGAUAAUCGAGCUACAAGGCCUAGUAGCCUUACUGUACAACACCCCGUCAGCAGGGUGCACUACCAAAUUGUACUACCCGCAGACCCCUAGCGCAUCUCCCAAGGACACCCUUAUUGCCAAUAAGCUCCAGCCAUUUGCAAAUCAAUGGGUGAGUUUCGGCAAGGCGAAGGCUUUUGCAAGGGAAUAUGGCAUGUUUGAGGGUCUGAAAGAGCUGUGGAUGUUCAACGAUAGCCCGCUAGUCAACCAGACGAGGGAGAACGUCAAUCGCGAUGAGUGUGGACGGUUGGUUCCUAGGACUUUUCAACUGUUCCUCCAUCACGCACAAAAGAGUUGCCCAGGCGCCAAAUCAGCUCUCAAGAGGCACUCGGCAGAUGGCAAGUUGCUAACAAGCACAACGAUUCCUGUUUUUGUGGCAGAGUGUAUGGAAUGUACGACCGUAUUUUAUGAUACUGCAAAAUGGGUCAAGCACAGAGCGGAGCACUAA